AUGGUUGCAGAAGUUGGUAGAUUAGAGGCUGAGACAUUUCAGAUUCCAGAUCAAGUUGAAAAUUAUGCUACAGGGAGUGAAUGUACAAUGGUGGUGGAAGACACAAAAAUCAAGCAGGAUGUACUAAAGAGGGAAGAAAUAAAGGAAUGUAAGAAGGAGCGACCAAAGAUUGUGAUACCCCCUCUUUUUCCUGGAAGGUUCAGAGGACCGAUUAAAGAAGAGGUUAAGCCUGAUAAUGUGGAGAUUCCUUCUGAAGCGAAUGUUCUAGUAGACGCCACACACGCGCAUGAUGAAGAAAGUGUUGAAGAUGCAGAGGCAGAAGAAGCAAUGAAAAAGGCUUUGGAAAAUAUUGAUAAGGAAAGUGUUGUUGCUAUGUAUACUUGUCCUACUUAUGCAAUGUUUUUAUCUCUUUUAGAGAGGUUGUUGGAGCCAAAGGAAGAAGAGAAUGAGAAAGAAGCCUUAGAGAGCUCUCUCGAAAGUAAUGAGAUUAUUUCGGUUCAACUUGGUGAAUUUGGUUCGAGUAACUUACCUUGUUCUAUAUUUGACUUGUUAAAACAUGAGCCUUUAUCUAAAAGCAAUGUGGCUAUAAAUAUUGUUGACGAGUCUCUUGAAUUUCCUACUUGUAUGUUUGAGAAAUCUAUAGUGAAAAGUGGUCAUUUUGUUUUACCUGUUACUUUUGAUGUGAUUGAUUUGAACGAAAAUUCUGCAAUAAAAUUGAUUUCAGUUUUCUUAGGAAGGUCAUUUCGAAAAACUGCUAGAAUUAAAUUAACAAAUGGAGUUAAAUCUUUAGGUUGGAAAAUUGUGAAUUUGAAUGCUAAGUGUGCUUCACGAGUUAAUUUGAAUGGUAGUUGUCCUUUUGACUAUGUGCCCACAAUUUUUGAAAAGUGGAAACCAUCAAAAGUUGACUUAAGAUCCAUACCUAUAGAUCUUAAGCAUGCAUAUGGACAUUUGCUUAGACCUCCUGAAUUUGGGUGGAUGAUAGAUGUCAAUUUUGAAUUUCAUGUUUGUGUUUAUGUGUGGAGAGUGUGUAAUACUUUUAAAGAGUCAUUUAGAGGAGAUCAUUUUCCACCUUUUUUUUGUUGA